CAUAUUCUGAGCAGUGCAGACACGAUGUUGGAGCACCUUGACUUGCUCAACUCCUCCCACUCACUAUUUAAACCUCAAUGAGCAGCACGCGCUCAGAUUCACACUGCAGAACUUGAUCUUGACCAACACGCCUGGAUUGCAUUGGACAAAAAUAUUGGAAAUAAUCCCAAUAUCUGAGAUAAAACUACUGUACCAAGAAGGUUUCCUCUAAAUAUCCUGACACAUUUGGAUAUCUGACUCUUGGGCACAAAUUUCCUUUUUGGUUUUGUCUUGUUUUUUUUUCUCCCCAGUAGUGGGAUUGAACUUCUCCCGGUGCCUGUGGUUGCCCCCUCCUCCAGAGAGGGAGUAACUGCUCCAGUUUUGGCCGGAGAUGCAGCCCCUUAUCCGGCUCGCUGUGUAUUGCAUCAGCCUGCUCUCCCUCCAGCAGCUGCUGGCUCUGCCGGCGGAAGAAAGUCCCGACAGCAACAGGUUGGACAUCAUCAACAAGCUCAUGGGUCAAACAGAGGAUAACACCAGACCAUCAAGAAGCCAGACUCACAACGACGUCGCCUCUCAAGCCCCAAAAUGGCUCCCCGGGUUCCUGAGACUCCGACCAGCUUCAGGAGUUCACACAUUCCCGCCAACUCUGGCAUGGGCACGACCCGGCGUCGCUUCUCCGAGGUUGCCCAGAGUUCGUCGUCACGCUCAUUCGGGAGCACGUAGCAGUCACCAUUACCCCCAGCACGCCCAGCUGAUGAGGGUCGGUUGCGUCCUGGGAACCUGCCAAGUGCAGAACCUCAGCCACCGGCUCUAUCAGCUGAUUGGUCAGAGCGGCAGAGAAGACUCCUCCCCCAUCAACCCCAGGAGCCCCCAUAGCUAUGGAUGAGAAACUCCCCAAACACCCCCAGCAAGUCUGCACUGAAAGAACUGAACCGUUGACUUUCACAUAACAAUCUUGAGUUGGUUUAAAGCAAUAAUAUGAAGUUUAAAUGAAGAAUAUUAGGUUCGACUUAAAAUUAUUGCUUUCAACCAACUUAACACAUUUAAUUAAAGUCAACAUUUCAGUUUUUCAGUGUGUCUAGAUCUCCAUUUAUUUAUCUUUUAAUGUAUUAUUGGUAGUUUUUGCAUUAGAUUUCGAUGUAGUCCUUGUUUAUUUAACUGAAUAUGUUAAUAAUACUCCCUUUAAAAAAAGUGUUGCCUUCCUAGUGUUUGUACAAAUUCAAUAUCCUCACUACCAAUGUGAGUUCUCCCACCAGUGCUGCAGAUAAAAGUCUUUCAAAAGUGGAUACUAGCACCAAAAUGUCCAAGUUCAUUGCCGAAGCCACUUGAAUUUCUAAAUUAUGAGUAUUUAUCCAAUAUGGCCGUCAUUUCCAGCCCAUAAUAACAGUAUGUUACACCAGAAUUUUAACAAUUGGAUCAAUUUAUGUGAUCUUGGUAUUUGAUUAUUUGUUUUGGAGUAUGGGGAAGUCAAAUUUUGAAACUUCUUCAGGGCUUCUUCGUGUAAUUCUAAACACUUGAAAUUGGCGGCCAUCUUGGAUUUUUGUGUGGCUUUUCAAAAGGAGUUUUUCUUUUGCCAUUUUUAGUUCUUGUCUCCACUUUUGAAAGAUUUCCCUGGUCAAUUAUCUGCUGCACUAACCAUCCGGACAAUCAAUGCAUUUUGAAGGAUGUUCAUUUCUUAGUUCUCCCACCCUGAGCGAUACAAUUAAGCCAACAGCUCUUCAGAUAAUAUCAUAUCGAAGGCUCUUCCUCAACACCAUCCUUUAGGUCUGCUCCUCCCUGAACACUAACCCCUCCAACAGUUCUUUGAACACCUUAAUGUGCCCCUGAUGUGGAUUUUGAGCCAUGUCAAAACCAAUGCAUUCCCAAAGAAAACCACCCAAUGAACCCCGGUCGCAGCAUGGACACUGACAUCCCAACAUAUCCCACUGGCUUUGUGUUUCAGGGCCACGGUUUACUUUCAAAAGCGGCCACAGCACUUUCUGAGGACCUAACCGCAUGAAAUCAACGCUGACAAGAGGGGCAGCAGCCUUGAGAAGGACUGAAAAACGCAAAGGAUCAGUUUCGCUCUGUGUGAGGAGCCAUGGAUCGAGGCUUUUCCCCCGCAGGAGGCCGAGAUAUUAGCCUUUUCACGUGAUGCAUACGUCAGGACUUUGAGUUUAAUAUCCCUUUAGGAGGGGGGUCCUCAGCUCAUAGGCAGUUUACCGUAAUUAAAUACACAUAUUUAAAAUAUUUCCCCUUACUUUGCACGACAUUUUAACAUGGCAUCUUAUUAUGGAAACUAUAUAAAUGACUUGUUUUGUGCUAGACAACAUACCUUCAUUAUUUUGAAUUAGAAAGUUCAACAGUGAUUUUGCAGAAGAAUGGAGAAAUUGAGUACAUUUCCUCACGGAAGUACACUUCUGUAAUGAUGUGCACCUCUUAUUGUUCGCAUGUUAAAUGGGUUUAAAGUUGUCGGGAAGUGCCCACAAAAGACUGUUUUAGGUAUGGCAUGAGUCCAUAGUGACAGAAAUGCUAGGUGUGCCCCAGCUCCAAAAUAUGUUUCCCGACAUUCCCCUCCAUCUAUGUUUGUCCGUCUCUGAAAUAGUGGCCGGGCGACGGACUGAAAAUAGCUCCAACUCUAAAAUUUGACAUUCCUUCUCUGUGAUUUUUAGCGAGAAACACAAUUAUGUUACAUAUUAUUAACCUUCUUCUGAACUUCUAUUUCAAAACCUUUCUCUGUUAGCCUUAUCCUAACGUCUACAGAAGGAAAACAGAAGCUGUGCACUUUUAUCCGGAUCAGUAUGGUAUUCCUAAGAGGGUUAGUUUAAAACUCACCAAAUACCUGGCAAUACUUGAUAAAUGGAAUGACUUUACAUGUGAUCUACAUCUUAUAAUAAUGUUUAUAUCUUUAAUCUGUGUCUUCUGAUUUGUCCCUUUACUGGCUCCCCUUUCCUUUCCCUUUCUGUCGAUAAUCAUGGAGGUCAGAGGUUGAAAUCCUUGCUCUUGACUCUAAUCUGUUCAAAGGCUUGCUGAGGUCAAACUUGCCAUUCUCUCUGCUGUAACGGAGCUAAUCAAUGUCUCCUGACGGAUCAUUAAAAGGCUUUUCAAAACGCAGAAACAAAUCCUGGUGGAUCACUUUUUUUUCCUUCACUUUUUAAACAUUAUUCCAGACACGUUUCAGUGCGUAUGUGUUGAGCCUAUCGGGACACUUUAUCUCCACUGUUUGAUCUGUGCUCUUAUUUUUUCUGGCUCACUUUGUUUUUGUGGCGUCAGAAGUUGCGUCAUGUCCAAGUUGUGUGAGCAAACUGUGCACGACCGCUAAUACCUCCCCGUAGAAAAAGAAACAGCUGUCAUGGCUCUCUGUUGCGAAGGAAUGAGUGAAUAGUCGUGUGAAAUGUGUGUUAGUGUAGAUUCAGGGUCACAGGAAAGCACUUUAAUGCCACAGCUGUCACUAUAGUUUCUUGUGUUUAAACAUGUGAAAGCUAGGCUUCCUUUAAUGUAAAUGUUGCCUCUGAGAUUGUCUGUGUGUGAAGACAUCAGCGAUGACUGUGAACGCUGUGUGCAUCAGCCAAACUAUUUAAAUAUGUAUUUAAGUUAUCUUUGUAUGUUAAUAUAUCUGUAUGUCACCAAAGACUAUUUAUCUCACCGUUUCCACGGUUCCCUUUCACCGUGACCUUGUGUUAGGAAACAAAGUCUAAACUGUAGUGAACAUGUUACUGUUUGUCGAUGUCCUUCACCCUGUAAAAAUAAAGAACUAUACUGUAAUGUGA